GUGUUCAUAUUUACCAGUUGAUGUACGGCUGUGAGUGGGACGAUGAGACUGAUCAGGUUAAAGGUUAUGAGCAGCACGGAUAUGAUGGAGAAGACUUCAUCGUUCUGGACUUGAAGUCAGAGUCAUGGACAGCUGCAAAACAACAAGCUGUCAUCACCAAACACAAGUGGGAUAACAAAGCUCAGAUAGCAUACUUGAAAAACUACUAUCAGCAGAUCUGUCCUGAUUGGAUAAAGAAGCAUGUAAACUAUGGGAGGAGCUCUCUGAUGAGAACAGUUGUUCCUUCAGUGUCUCUCCUCCAGAAGACUUCCUCCUCUCCAGUCAGCUGCCACGCUACAGGUUUCUACCCUCAGAGAGCUGAACUGAUGUGGAGAAAAGAUGGAGAGGAGAUUCAUGAGAAUGUGGUGAAAGGAGAGAUCCUCCCCAACGAUGACGGCACCUUCCAGAUGACUGUGGAUCUUUACUCUGUCGCUCCUGAAGACGGGAACAAGUAUAAGUGUGUGUUUCAGCUCAGAGGAGAGCCGGACGUCGUUAAAAGCCUGGAGACAAAACUCAUCAGGAGUAAUGAAGGGUCUUCAGGUUUCCUUAUUGUUGCUGUUGUUGUGAUUAUUAUUGGACUGCUUGCCUUGGUGGGCAUCAUUGUUGGAGUCAUUUUGUGGAAAAGACGUAAAAAUGGGUUUAAACGGACAAAUACUUCUGACACUUCAUCCUCAUCUUCUUCCAAAGAUCAAGACAUUCACAAAGAGGACAUCGAAACACAGAAGAUGAUGGAGUCCAAAAGCUGAAUUCACAAAAUAAUCUGUGGCACAAAAUGAAUUUUGUUCUGAACACAGGAAAUAUGUUUGGAUGGAUUUAAAUGUUCUGUUAGAUACAAAAUUACACUCAAGAUUAUUUUCUUCUUGGUCAUUAAUUCUAAUGUUAAAACCUGUUUUUCUUCAUGCUUUCUGCUGGUUUAUAAAGAGCUGAAAAAUACAGUUGCUUUUUAAAAUUAUGUGUAUGAAAAUUAAAAACAGACGUUUUUAAGACAUAGUUUGUGUUUAAAUCAGUAAUAUUUGAACACAGCUGCUGAUGCUGUUUGUGUCUGGAAAGAAUAAACUGUUGAAACUACUGAAGAUAAAGAAUUUAAACAAAGAAAAAGUUUUUAAAAAUGAAAUGUUGAUUCUUGUGUUUGAAAUGCCAACAGAGACAACAACGAUCAGGAGGUUUUCAUACUGUUUAAUUUUUUAAUUAAACCUUAAUAACAAAUUAAAUCCAAGCUGUAAUUGUAUCUGACUUGUGUUUAUAUAAUUGUAGUUUGACUGUGAUUGUGUUUGAAUGAUCUGUUUGUUGGGGAAGUUUAUUCAGUUAUACAGUUAUACUUCCAAAAUAAAACAGAAAAAUGUUUUGUAAUGUUUAAGGUUGGAUAUAAGUAGUUUUAAAAGUUUGCUCUAAAAAUGGAAAUGGCUCUUAUUUGUGAUUUUCUGUUAUUCUGUCAUAAAGCUGAUAUUGGGUAAAUAUUCUUCACAUGAAAAGCUUUUUCUAUUUUUUUCUGUAACUUCUAUUGGUGAGGGUGUUACCUGUAAAUAAAGUUUUAAU